AUGGGUCCAUUGAUUGUACCAACCACGAAACAGCCUGUCAAAGAACCGAUAGCAGUUGACAUAUCUGCUAUGAUUUUAGAAUAUGGUUUGAAUGUUGAGCAAGCCCGUGCAUUUUCUUUGAUAGCUGGUCACUCACUGACACAAAAUUCGGAACCACUUCGCAUGUACUUAGGUGGCCCUGGAGGAAUGGGAAAAUCAUGUAUCAUUGCUGCGGUCACUGAGUUUUUCAACCGGCGUGGUGAACAAGAUCGGUUUCAGCUGUCGUUGUUUAUGGGAGUUGCUGCACGCAACAUUGGUGGUAUGACAUUGCACGCUGCACUAAACUUGAAUCAACGCAGAAAGAGAGGCAGUGAAGGAAAAAUCAAAUGUGACCUCAUUGCAAUGUGGCAGAACGUAGAUUACCUACUGAUCAAUGAGGUUUCAAUGAUUAGUUGUAAUUUUUUGGUGCAGAUACACGAGGCUCUUUGU